CCCGGCCUCGCGAUUCACGCUUCGGGCUUUGUCUGGAAGCCCCGCGGCCGGCAUUGGAUUGCGGCGUCUAGCCUCCGACAUAAUUCACGACAUCUCGAAGGAUUGGGUCGGAGAUGAGAGAUUGAUUGUAUCCAUCAACAAACUCCAACACCGCCACCUCGAUCCAUCAACACAACAAGCAGCUACAGUACAUAACCGUUCCUUAUCGCCCAACGAUCACGCCACUGGACCUCUCCCUCUUUUCUCACGCCCGACUUCCGACACAAUAUGGCACCGCGCCGACGAGAAAUCCCCGCCGAGGGAUCAUGGCGCCUCGUCGACGGUGAAAACGACAGCUUCGACACAAGCAUCCUUGAACCUCUGCCCGGUGAAGACUUCAGCCCUCCGUCAAGCGCCAUGCCCUCUUCUGGGUAUCCCACCCAGGAAUCUUUCUCCCAGAGUCAAAACAACAUGAGCUUCGCCUCUCAGGACAGCAUUCGUGACUUUGCCAAUUACCAAAAUGACGAGGACGUCAUCUUGCGACAACCGUUCCGCCCUACGCUUCCCUCAAGCGCUGCUACAUCGAUGCAGCGUGCUUCUUAUCCGCAACCCGAAAUGCCACUCCGAAUGCCUCUCGUUAAAGCCAAUAAUCUAGUUGCGAGCGAAGCCUCACGGACUGCCAGAACUACCGAUGAUGAUAGCGAAGAGGGUAGCGUGUGGGAUUCCGAGCGAGAGCAGGCCCCUGCCAAUUGGCACGAAGACCAGGAAAGAGAAUAUGCCAGACUUUUGAAGGAGCAAAACGAGGCUUCGCUGAAUUGGGGCCACGCCAAACCAGGCUCAUCAGCAUCCAGUUCCUCCGAGAGACUGCUUCAAGUCUUCCGCUACACCAUAAUACCCGUCGCAAUCGUCCUGGUUGCAUACCUCUUUCAUAUCAAUGGCGUAUCUGUCCAGGACGCCCGCGACAAGGUCCAAUCAUUCUCAUUUACAUCUCUACAAGAUAUCCCGGGUGUUUCCAACUUUCAAAUUCCGUUCUUCGAGGCCGAGACAUCUCAACGUGCUGCUGCUUCUUCUAUCGACUUUACAAGUCUUAUGGAGGUUCAAUCUGGAUUUGAGAGUGUGCUGGAUAAGAGCGCAUAUGGUCUCUCCAUGCCCCUCGAGCUCAAGAGUUCAGAGAUGGCUACCCGAAACCUAAGAGCUCUCCUUAAAGAGACCGAAAUCGCCGCUAGAGAAGAUUUCAUUUUGGAGCUCAACGGCUAUAUUGAAAAGGUUGGCAGAGCAGGCUCGGAUUUGCAGACAUUUUAUAUCCACAUUGGGUCAACCGUUGAUUCCAUCAUCAAUAUUAACCGUUGGACCCUACGCCACAUCAAUUCCCUAUCUAUGGAACCCGAGGCACCCUCAUUGCCUCCAGCCAUAGCUUGGGCCAUCCGGCCGCUGAGCCUAUUCAGAACAUCAGAACAAGCCGGAAAUGAUCGGGCUCUGUUGGAUAAAUACUCUGAACAUGUCUCUCUCGUUCAAGAACGGUUGGGAAAACUCCUCGAUGAAGGCAAAGCCCUCUUGUUGCUCCUCCACCAGAGCCAGACACAGCUGGGCGUCAUCAACGAACAAGCCGAACAACUCCCUGGAGCAAGAACCGCCAAGCCCGACUCGCUGCUCUCAUCCAUCUGGGCCUAUAUUGGAAGCUUCAUGGAAGAGCCGCGCAAUUUCGAUGAGCAAAUUGUGUUGCUGAAGAAGGUGGAUGCGCAGUACUCCAACACCAUCUCUCAUCUCCUCUCCCUGAUUGAGGAGCUUAAGGAUAUUCAGCUAUAUCUGGGUGACUUGCUCAACCGCAAUGAAGAUUCUUCUGAUGUUUGGAGAGAAGGGUCCGGAGAACCAGUUCAGACGACGUUGAGUGAGCAGUAUGAAAUCAUCAGGAAUGCGGUAGAAAGGCUUGAGCAAGCGAGAAAGAGGACUGCCGAGGGCGAGACGGAAAGCGAGGCGCCAAGUGAAGCAGAGCAUAAAUCACAGAGUGAAGCAGAGUACGAAACACAGACUGAGGUAGCGCACGAAAUGCCCGGCGAAACAGACGCCGAAACAAGCGAUGAUCAUAUUUGAUGCCAGAAACAAGAGCGAAGCGAAGCGGUAGCAGGUUUUUCUUUUACUGGUUUAUAACAUAACGAGAACAUAAGGAGACUAUCUAUAUUCCCUAUCCCUAUCUCUAUAUUCCCUAUCUUCUAUCUCCUUUCUAUUUUCUUUUUUUCUUUUGUUUAGGGCUAUUUAUUCAUCUCGCAAUUCUGUAAGCAUGGCUGUUUGAGCGCCUCAAGGCUGCGAGAUGUCGGGAUCUU